AUGGGUAUCGAGGUUGGAGUACGCAUAUUAGAACUAUUGACACUCCGCGAGAAAAUCACUACACGCUUCAAAAACGUUAUCGCUCUAUUGACAUUUGUCGCAAACUCGGUAUGGAAAUACCUAUUUGGUCACAGUGCAGUGCUUUUAAGGGGGAAGGAAGACUCCUCAGAGUUCAUGCUUAACGAUAAAGAAUUUCAAAUUACAAAAUACAUUUCGAUGCCAAAGGUUUGUUUGAAUGAGUAUAUAAUGGGUGUUAUGGAGCUGAGAUGGACUUAG